AUGGCCUUAAAGAGUACCUUCAUUGUAGCACUAUCGAGUGAGCAGCUGCAGCGCGAUAUCUCAAGAUUUCACACUGAAAAUAAGGAUUUGCGCUGCCAAGUGGAUGCCAUCAGAGAGGCAAUAAACAACGUUGAUGUCAUGUACAACGCCACAAAGACGGAGCCGUUUGUGAAACGCUACGCAAUUCUUAAGGAGGUAAUCAAGGAUGUUCAGAAAUUUGCCGACCCCAAUGCUGUCCAAACAGGAUAA